GUAUGAAAAUGGGAAGUAACUUUCUGAGUCGUAACACUUUUUGGUAGCAACAACAGUAGUUACGUCACAAGAAAAAUGGACCAAUCACACUACAGCGUUUUCACCUGACGCUUUCGGUUUCAGUUUUUGUUGUGUCGAGACGUGUGUUUCUCUUUGAGUUCAAGUACAUCCAAGAUGGCAAACAGGUUACAGAAGAACUAUGACCCCAAAGAGGACUUCCCAGACCUGAGCAAACAUAACAACUGGAUGGCUAAGUGUCUAACACCGGAGAUCUAUGCCCAACUGAGAGAUAAAGAAACACCAUCUGGAUAUACCCUGGAUAAAAUUAUUCAGACUGGAGUUGAUAAUCCAGGUCACCCUUUUAUCAUGACAGUUGGGGCAGUUGCUGGUGAUGAAGAGUCCUAUGAUGUGUUUGGCCCACUCCUUGACCCUGUAAUUGAUGCCAGGCAUGGUGGUUAUGCAAAAGAUGCCAAACAUAAGACCGAUAUGAACCCUGCCAACAUCAAGGGUGGCCAACUUGAUGAUAAAUAUGUACUCAGCUCUCGUGUCCGUACUGGUCGAUCUAUCCGUGGCAUCUGCCUCCCCCCUCAUUGCACAAGAGCAGAACGACGUGCAAUUGAGACAAUCGGGACUGAUGCACUUGGUAGUUUGGAAGGUGAAUUCAGUGGCAAAUACUAUCCUCUGAAUGGUAUGACUGAGGCUGAACAAGAUCAACUCAUUGAUGACCAUUUCCUAUUUGAUAAACCAGUCUCCCCACUCCUUACUUGUGCCGGUAUGGCCCGUGACUGGCCUGAUGGUCGUGGAAUCUGGCAUAACAGUGCCAAGAACUUCUUAGUUUGGAUCAAUGAAGAGGACCAUUACCGUGUCAUCUCCAUGCAGAAAGGAGGCAACUUUGGCGAGGUGUUCACACGGUUUUGUAAUGGUAUUAACAUGGUUGAAGCUGCUAUCAAGUCCAAGGGUAAAGAAUUCAUGUGGAACGAACAUCUCGGCUACGUCCUAACUUGUCCAAGUAAUCUUGGGACAGGGCUUCGAGCCGGAGUCCAUCUGAGGAUUCCUAAACUCAGUACUGAUGCCAGACUUGAUGAAAUCCUUGACAAACUUCGUCUCCAGAAACGUGGAACAGGUGGUGUAGACACUGCAACUACCGGUGACACUUUUGACAUCUCCAAUGCUGAUCGUUUAGGAUUUUCUGAAGUUGAACUUGUACAAUUCGUCAUUGAUGGAGUCAACUUGAUGAUAGAUAUGGAGAAGAGACUAGAGAAGGGUGAAUCUAUCGAUGGUCUAGUUCCAACAACCAGAAAAUAAUUUCAGGAGCAAGGGGAAAGAGAAUCUAAGUCAUCGUUAAACAUCUUGGCAGUAAAGGACUCAUUUAUUGAGAGUUUAGGAGUGCAAUGGACUUGUGAUGACUUUUGAGAUAUGAAGCAUAAAGUUUUGGCAAAACAUUAACUGAAAGCGCAGCAAUUCUUGUUUUGUCUUGUCUUUUAGUUUAUUUCGCAGUAUUUUUUGUUUUGUUUAUGUGAUGAACUGUAUGUGCAAUAUAUUUUUUGUGGUGUGUCAAUUUUGAAAAGUUUUAUCAAUA